AUGAACAACCUCAACUUCAAGCUGAAUUCCGGGUUUUCAAUCCCUGCCUUGGGCUUAGGCACUUGGCAGAGUCCCGCAGGGCAGGUACGGGCAGCGGUGUCUCAUGCGAUCAAGUGCGGAUACAGACAUAUCGAUUGUGCCUAUGUUUAUGGCAACGAGCAAGAGGUGGGAGAGGGAAUCAAAGAUGGCAUGGCCGCAGCAGGAAUAGCACGAAGCGAACUAUUUGUGACGACUAAACUCUGGUGCACAUAUCACACUCGGGCGGAACAGAACUUAGACCUCAGCCUGAAGCUCCUCGACCUCGAGUAUGUCGAUCUUUAUCUGAUGCAUUGGCCUGUCGCGAUGAAUCCAAACGGGAAUCACGAAAAAUUCCCGCGAUUAGCAGAUGGCUCGCGGGACAUAAUGACGGAGAGAUCGCAUAUCAACACCUACAAGGACAUGGAAAAUCUCUUGAGCACCGGAAAGGUCAAGUCUAUUGGGGUUUGCAACUAUUCCAAACGAUUUCUGAAGGAACUGUUACCCUAUGUCGAAGUCGUCCCUGCCGUCAACCAAAUCGAGAAUCACCCACUUCUUCCCCAGGAAGAGAUUAUUGAAUUUUGCCGAUUGAAGGGUAUUCAUAUCACGGCCUAUAGCCCGUUAGGCAGCAGCGGAAGCCCCUUGAUGAAAGACUCACGUAUACUCAAACUUGCCGAGGAAAAACAAACAAAUGUCGGAACGAUCCUACUUAGCUACCAUAUUGCGAGAGGCAGCUCAGUCUUGGCCAAGUCCGUCACGCCUUCUCGCAUUGAAGAGAAUAUGCACAUCAUCACCUUGUCAGAUGCCGAUCUCACAGUUCUGGCAGAGGUAGCACGAGGGGGGGUGCAGAGGUUUGUCUACCCAGAGUUUGGAGUGGACUUCGGAUUCCCAGACAAAAGGCCUGCAGCUCUCUAA